AUGGGCAAUUGGAGACAUCGUCCCCCUCGUAGAAUCUACCGUCAAGAAAAGCUUCCAAGCGUAUACCCACUACCAUAUCACCCCGAACCUCCUCCUCCUUCAGGGUUUUGUAAGGAUGGUAUACCUUAUUGGGAAAAGCAAUUCUGCACUUUGGUUGGGUCCAUACCAUGGUGGAAGGUAGCAGAUGCCAAGAGGUAUAUGUAUGGAAAUAGUAAUGUACUCGAUUGGAACGAUUCAGCUGGUGAGGAGGCAUUUCAAAAUGCAAAACAGCGCUUUUGGGCAGACAUCAAUGGCCUCUCCUGUGACAUCUCUCUGCCUGAUCCAAGUAUUUAUAUUGAUGAAAUAGAUUGGUACCCUAUUAUUGAACCCGAACUCAUUAAGGAAGUGGAUUGUGAGUACUUUGCUCCUGAUGAGGAAGAAGGGAAUGGCAAGUUCGGGCGAAGAAACAAGAAUACAAAAUAUUCAGCUUUUGUUCCUCCAGAUGGACAUAACAGGGUUCCAAAUAACAGCAGAAAUCCUUGGGAAUGUGACAACAUUCAGGGUAGUGGAGAUUUGAAAAACACAGUUCAGGGCAGGAACCAGUGGAAUACUAAUGGUGACAACCCUUGGGAAAGUGGAAGUACUCAGGGAAAUGGAAGUAUGGAGAAGAAUGCAUGGGAAGAUAGCAGGGAUAAGUCAUGGGGAUGGAACCAGAUGGGAGAUAAUAUCACUCUGUCAAAGGGUUGGGAUAAUGAUGUUAAACCUUCGGAAGGUGGCUGUCAGGGUGUUGCGUCUGUGGAAGGUAAUAGAUGGGGUGAUCCAAUAUGUAAGUCUUGGGGCUACAACCAGCAGGAGUCAAAGAAUGUGGAUCAUACUGAGAAUCGUUGGGAGGGCGGUCCUAGUCAAAACAAUAAAUCUCUAAAAGAUCGAGGGUGGAGAUCUCGUGGAGGAGAUGAGUGGGGUUGGAAACAGUGGGGGAGCCAGAAUAACCAGAAAAAUAAUUUGGAUUUUAGGAUAGUAAACAAUGGUUCGGGAGCUAGGAACGAGGGUGGCCAUAAGAGGGAACGUCCUCACGAGUAUAUAUCAGGCCACAAAAGCUCAAGAUUUCAAGGGAGUGAUUAUCAAGCAGGUAAUUGCUGGAGUAGGGGAAAUAAUAGAAAGAGGGUCAGUUUUGCCCGAGUGUGA